AUGGAGGAUUCGAUGGAUGUGGACAUGAGCCCCCGGAGGCCCCAAAACUAUCUCUUCGGUUGUGAACUAAAAGCCGACAAAGAUUAUCACUUUAAGGUGGAUAAUGAUGAAAAUGAGCACCAGUUAUCAUUAAGAACAGUCAGUUUAGGAGCUGGUGCCAAGGAUGAAAUGCACAUUGUUGAAGCAGAAGCAAUGAAUUAUGAAGGUAGCCCAAUUAAAGUCACAUUGGCUACUUUGAAAAUGUCUGUACAGCCAAUGGUCUCCCUUGGGGGCUUUGAAAUAAUGCCACCAGUGGUCUUAUGGUUGAAGUGUGGCUCAGGGCCUGUGCAUAUUAGUGGACAGCACUUAGUAGCUGUGGAGGAAGAUGCAGAGUCAGAUGAUGAAGAGGAAGAAGAAGGGAAACUCUUAAGUAUGUCAGGAAAGCGGUCUGCGCCUGCAAGUGGUAACAAGGUUCCACAGAAAAAAGUAAAGCUUGCUGCAGAUGAAAAUGAUGAUGAUGAUGACGAUGACGACGACGAUGAUGAUGAUGAUUUUGAUGAUAAUGAAACUGAAGAAAAAGUUCCAGUCAAGAAAUCUCAAGAAUCCUUCAAAAAACAGGAAAAAACACCUAAAACACCCAAAGGACCUAGUUCUGUAGAAGAUAUUAAAGCAAAAAUGCAAGCAAGUAUAGAAAAAGGUGGUUCCUUUCCCAAGGUGGAAGUCAGAUUCAUCAAUUAUGUGAAGAAUUGUUUCCGGAUGACAGACCAAGAGGUUAUUCAACAUCUCUGGCAGUGGAGGAAGUCUCUUUAA